GUGUAAUUACAAAUUAUUUUAGAGUUGAGUUCGACUUGAACUUCUCAUUUUAACGAUGAGUUGAAUAGGUUUUAAUACUUGAAGCCAAUUUCACCUUGACUCAACUUAGCUUGCUUGUUACAUAUGAGCUGAAAUCACAAGUUCAACUUGUUCAUUAACGAGCAAAAUCAAACAAGAUAAAAUCUCGAUUCCACUCAUUAACAUUCCAUAAUCAAAUUUGGGGGGUUUAGAAAUUAGAAGUCGGUUUGUUUGGAAAAUAAUCCAAAUAAUCAUUUUGGUUAAUUACACCGGUACAGUAACUAACUCUGGCGGUAAAUAUAACAAAAUAUCCUCAUAUCCAGAAGCGCGCCACCAAACCUAAGGCUCUCUAGCCGCCACGUGUCCCUCCCACCUUUUUAAACCCUCCUCCUUCCCCAAUAAAUCCCCUGUUUCCUCCUCUCCCUUAUCUCCCCCAUUACCAUCUCAAACAAACCCAAAGGCCAAAACCUUCCCCCAAAUCGAUUCCCCCAGAAGAAGAAGGAAAAAAAAAAAAUGUCGACCGACAAGCCGCUGGAAGUGGUGACGGGCCUGGACGUCCCGCGGUACAUGGGCCGGUGGUACGAAAUCGCCUCCAUCCCCAACUUCUUCCAGCCCAAGAACGGCGAGAACACACGUGCGACCUACACGCUGCAGGAAGACGGCGCCACCGUCGGCGUGCUGAACGAGACGUGGAGCGGCGGGAAGCGGAGCUACAUCGAAGGCACGGCGUACAAGGCCGAUCCGAAAAGCGACGAGGCGAAGCUGAAGGUGAAGUUCUACGUCCCGCCUUUCCUGCCGAUCAUCCCCGUGACAGGGGACUACUGGGUUCUGUACCUCGACGAUGAGUACCAGUACGUUUUGGUCGGCGAGCCUAGGAGAAAGGAUCUUUGGAUACUGUGCAGGACGACUCAAAUGGAACCGGAGGUUUACGAUAUUCUGCUGGAGAAGGCGACGGAGCAAGGGUACGACGUCAGCAAGCUCCACAAGACUCCUCAAGCCGAUCCUCCUCCUCCGGAUGCAGGGGAAGGACCUGAGGACAAGAAGGGACUCUGGUGGUUCAAAUCCCUCAUAGGGAAAUAGCUAGCUACUCAAAAAUGAAACUUUGCCAACAUGGGUUUCUAAUCUUUAUGCGCUAGGAUUGCUAAAGUUUGUGGCUUUUUGCCUGAAAUAGCGAAAUUCCCCCAUUAGUAUGUGUGGGGAAAAAUAGCCAUGUAUGCUCUGUUUCUUCUGGUUCGGUGUCUCACCUGAAGAGGAAGAAGAACUCUAGGGAAGUUCCAUUUCUGUCAAUAUCUAUGGUGCGGUGUAAAUGGUCUUUGUCACUAGUGUGUGUGGUUCGUUGUGGCAAGUGGUUGGUUUAGUCGACUGAGUGUCCAAAAUCCAAAUGACAUUUCUAUGUUAUGGUUUUGGCAAUUUGGCUAGUGGCUAUUGGGUUACCAUCGGUAUCUUUCGAGCACCUGUAUUGAGUCUUUGUACUGUACAAAUAUGGGGACAUGCUCUGCAACUCGCAGACCUACGAUAUAGAUUUUGAUUUCGCAGAACUCACGAUCUGUCUGUGGCAGAGGAGAAUUGUCACACGAAAGGAUCUGAGAUUUCAUAUCAUGCGAUUUCUAAUUGACGGUUUCUUUGAUCAUGCAUUUGAGCGCAUAAAUUGCAUUUGAAGAA